GUACUCUGAAGGCAUUGAACAUGAAGUCGAUACGUAAGAUAUCUUUGUCAUCGUUCGAUACAUACUUGCUAGCUUGCACUAGCUCUGCUUGAACAACAGUGACUUCAGGUUAUCUUUGUCAGUAAUGUUAAUUUUUUAGGCGUCCAGGAAAAAUUAAUGUCUGAUAAUGGAAAAAUGUACAUAAUAUAUAGUACUCUGAUAAUAAUUUGGCGCUCAGUUGUUGCAAUGGCAACAUUUCAAGUUUUUAAUUUAAAAUCGCCUACAUUUUUGUAAUUACAUGCCUUCGGAUGACUUAAUCACACGAAAACAAUGAUAUAGUUCGUCUAAAUUUAAUGCUACGAAAAUUAUUUAAUCAUUUUGUCAUUUUAUGAUUAUUGGUGAGAAAUCUGUCGCCUGUUAUAAGCAGGGAGUUCAGUGAGAGACAACAGGAAAGAGCAUGGUAAUACAACAGUUGUCAGACGAGCCGCCUCUCGUCAAAGCAAUCUUCAUAGGGGAUGUUGAGGAGGUGCAGCUGUUACUGGGGCAGAAGGAGGAUGUGAAUCUCCAGGACAGUGAGAAACGCAGCCCAUUACAUGCAGCUGCCUUCAGGGGAGAUCCCUGCAUUGUAGAAGCACUGAUACUGAGUGGUGCAAGGGUUAACACCAAAGAUUCAAAAUGGCUCACACCUCUGCAUAGGGCAUGCUGCAGUGGGACAUAUCUCUGCAUCUUGUUAUUGAGGGACUACAAGGCUGAUAUUAAUGCUAGGGACAGAUACUGGCAGACUCCCCUUCAUGUGGCUGCCGCUAAUAAUGCUGUUCUCUGUGCCGAUAACCUGAUACCACUGUUACCUAACAUCAAUGUGACUGAUCGUGGUGGGCGUACCAGUCUGCACCAUGCAGCUUACAACGGUCACCACGAGAUGGCUGAGCUGCUUCUUACUCAGGGCUGUGUGGUGAACGCUUGCGACAAGAAGGACCGACGUGCUCUGCACUGGGCCGCGCAUAUGGGCUAUGAAGAUGUUGUGAGACUUCUGAUCAACCACUCUGCUGACAUGAAUGUGAAGGACAGGGAUCUGUAUACACCCCUGCACGCUGCAGCUGCCAGUGGUAGCGUUAAUGUGGCACAGAUACUUCUGGAGAGCGGUGCAGAAGUGGAUGCUCGAAACUCGUACGGUAAUACCCCUCUCCACAUAGCGUGUCUGAAUGGACAUUCCAACAUGUGCAAUGAGCUGACGUACUAUGGAGCAGACAUCAAUGCACUCAAUUACAGAGGCCAGACUCCACUGCAUAUAGCUGCUGCGUCAACACAUGGAGAGAGGUGCCUUGAAGUGCUGAUUAAGGUGGGGGCUGACAUAAAUGUCCAAAGUGAGGACGGAAGAACGCCGUUGCACAUGACAGCUAUACACGGGCGCUUCACUCGCUCCAAAACGCUUAUUGAUCAUGGGGCUGUUGUGGACAGCAUGGAUAAGAAUGGCUGCACUGCACUGCACAUAGCUGCCCUCUAUGGUCAUGAACUGUUGAGUGGAACACUGCUAACAUUUCAGGCAGAUCCUAGCAAGAGAGGAUAUGAAGGUCGGACGCCGCUUCACAUGUGCUGCCUUGGUGGCUUUGUAGAGUGCUGUCGUAAGUUCUUGCAGGUGAAUGUUGAUCUCGAUAUUCAAGACAGUACAGGCAAAACUCCGUUACAUUUGGCAGCAUUCAGAGGGUCAGUUGACUGUCUUGAUCUGCUGGUAAGCAGUGGUGCCAACUUUCAGCUGCAAGAUGCACAUAGUCGGAUUCCUUUGCACUAUGCAGCGGCUCGGGGACAGUAUCCGUGUGUGUUCACGUUGGUUGGGAUCGGCAGUCAGGUGAACAAGCAGGAUGUGGAUGGUUGUACACCUCUUCACCAUGCAGCCGCUCAGGACGUGGAGGGAAAGUGUGUGGAAUACCUCCUGCAGCACAAAGCAGACCCCAGACUGCGAGACAACAGGGGCUACACUGCGAUCCACUAUGCUGUGGCCGGUGGCAAUCAGACAGGCCUGGAGUUUCUGCUAGCGGCUGUUGGCUCAUAUUUCAGUCUCAGUGGUGAUGACAUGCCCAAGAUGACUCCUUUGCAUUUAGCGGCAUACCACGGACAUAGUGAUAUUCUGCGACUACUCUUACCUCUAUUUUCCAAUGCAAAUAUCAAAGAUGACUCCGGCAAGGCACCUCUAGACCAUGCCUCUUUCAAAGGUCACCGUCAGUGUGUGCAGUUAUUGCUGCGCUGUGGGGCUCUGGUAAGUGUCCACGAUGGAGUGACACAGCGAACGCCAGUCCAUGCAGCUGUAGUGAAUGGUCACAAGGAGUGUCUCUUGCUUCUGUUGGAAAACACAGAGGAGAGCCAGGUUGUCAACAGUGUGGACUACAAGAAGCGGACACCUCUAAUGCUGGGCGUGUCAGCAGGUCACAGUGACUGCAUAGUGAUGUUGCUGAAGUACGGGGCUGACACGAAUCUUGUGGACGAGGAUCAGCACCCUGCUCUCUUCAGGGCUGUGGUACAUGGGCUCCAGGAGAACGUAGAACUGCUUGUGGGCAGGGGGGCAAGCCCCACAUUUCAGGACCAUGAUGGCAAGUCAGCACUGCACCUUGCAGCUGCUUGUGGCCACCUGUCAUGCCUGGCCACCAUGCUGGGGAACACCAAUGAAGAUGUGAGCGAGUUGCAGGAUAGCCAGGGGUGUACAGUGCUGCAUUGGGCCUGCUACAAUGGUAAUGCAAACUGUGUGGAGUAUCUUCUUGGGCAGAAGCACAUUGGAAAUAUGGAGGGAAACUCAUUCUCACCUGUUCACUGUUCUGUCUUCCAAGGCAGCGAGCAGUGCUUGGAGCUGCUAAUUGGACACUUUGGAUCAUCUAUUGUGAACUUGAGGGACCAUCGAGGGCGCACCCCCCUCCAUGUGGCUGCAUUUUAUAACAAUUUGGAGUGUAUGCAGUUAUUGCUGAGCCACGGAGCAAGUGUGGAGGCCAGUGACAUCACUGGGAAGACUCCACUCCUCCUGGCUGCAUACAGUGGGCAGUGCAAUGCUAUCGAAUUGCUCUUGGACUGGAAGGCAAACAUCAAGGCAUGUGAUCUGCAGAGCAACACUGCCCUCCACCAUGCUUGCCAACGUAAACACAGCCGCUCGGCCCUCCUCUUGCUCGAGAGGACGGAUGAUGUGGAAGUCGUCAAUAUGACAAACAAGGAACUGCGCACGCCACUGCAUCUGUCAUCUCGACAUGGCAUGGUUGCCGUGACACGUCUGCUACUGGAGAAGGGAGCAUCUGUGCUUGCCGUGGACUGCGACGGAAUGACCCCUGCCUUGGCCUGUGCCCCAGACCGCAAUGUGGCCGAGUGUCUUGCCAUCAUCCUCUCGAUGUAUCCUUCAGUCACGCUUUUGGCACAACAACCAAAUAACUUUCAGAAAGGUCUCAAGAAACAUCCGACACUGACACAACUGCUGCAGCUGCAUCCACUGUCGUCAAUUGACUAUUCAGUGUACAACAACGUCACUUCGCCAGAGAUGAAGGCUGCUGCUGGGGACCAAUCAAAUCUCUCUCACAACAGCUCAGACUCUGACUUCUACUAGCAACCAAUUUGGAGAGGAAGAGAGACUGGACAUGGUGCUUACACAGACACAGCCACAACCCACCAAGUCUUUCUCUUUUAAUGCUUUACUAUGUAUUAAUAUUUUACUUUUGGGUUGUGGUUCUGUGAAUUCAGUUGUACUUCGAAAGCAUUGUCAUAAUUAUUUGCAGUGUCCAUUUUUUUAAAAUAACAUUUUUUUAGUACUAAAGCGAUAAGCUGGUGUUAAUACAAUAAAUACUAAAGACAUUUUAAUAUUG